CUCGAGGUGGCUACGUUCUCGGGAGGCUGCUUCUGGUGCAUGGAGCCGCCGUUCGACGCCAUCGAAGGAGUGAUCUCUACAACCUCGGGAUACUGUGGAGGAGAUGAGGCUUAUCCUAACUACAAUCAGGUCUCACUCGGCCUCACUCACCAUGCCGAGAGCAUGCAAGUCUUGUACGAUCCCAAGAAAGUCAGUUACGACAGACUGUUGGACACUUUCUGGCAUAACAUCGACCCCACGACUAAGGAUCGUCAGUUCUGCGACUCGGGGAAGCAAUAUCGAACCAUUGUCUUCUACCACGACGAGCAACAGAAACAAUCUUUCGAAGCUUCAAAGAAGCAGUGGGAGGCUUCAAACAAGUUUGGGGCUCCAAUUGUGGUCGAGUCUGUGAAAUAUGACAAGUUUUGGCCGGCAGAGGAUUAUCAUCAGGACUACUAUCUGAAGAAUGACAAGAAGUACAAGUUCUAUCGCUAUCUUUGUGGACGCGAUCGGUAUCUCGACAGGACUUGG